UAAAAAAACGAGGUCCGUUUAAGGGGUCUGAGGACAUGCGCAGUAGGCGUGUUUGCAUUCGCUCAGUCACCUCCCACCUCAGUGACAGCGCGAGGCAGCUGGGCUACACCGCCGCUGUUACCGGGAGCGGUAAAGAAGCUAGGGGAUGAGACAGCAAUCGUAGAAAGAGAUAAGGUGAAUAACUCCACGCAUUUAGAUCUGACAAAAGAGGAAUAUCGUCAACCAACAUCACGUUUUCUUCCUGGGAAUGUGUCAUUAAGUUUAUCUUUUCGUCGUAAAAACACGUUUGACCAAUGAGAUUUGUGGAAGAUGAGACUCAACGCCUCGCAGCGAUGGGGUUGAUGAGGUCUUGCGGCAGGAGCUGAACUUGAAGCUCCAUUAUCAACGUCACGUUAUCUUUGCAUGACAUAUGUUUGUUACCAUUUAAAAAUUGUAUUAGUUAUAAAUUACACGACUGAUAGUCAUUGAAGUGUACAGAAAAGGCGUCUGUAUCCGCAUUUACCCAGCUAGCUAGCAGCGUCAGCUGGCUAGCCAGUAGUGGGACAGCUAACCUUGGUUAGCAAGUGGGCUAGCUAACGUAGUCUGCUAUCACAACAGUCCCGUACUUUUAGUACUGAACUGUUGGCCCUUCUACUGCCCUGGUCGGACCAAAUGCAACACCAGGACUAUUCAGGAGAUCCGUCCGGAGGUAGGAAAAUGUCGCACCCUACAGCUUUCCACCACAGACGGGGCAGCGGCAGUACAUCUGCGUCAUCUGUUGCGGCGAGCGGCAGUCACGUUAACCCCACAGAAGACCAUCAAACUCCGCCGCAGCCUCUAAACCAGCCCGGCUCCUCUUCCCCCGGGCCCCACCAACACCCCCACAGCGCGAGCACUGCCCCUCAGUCUCAGUCCGUCGUGAAGAAGAAGAGCGGCUUCCAGAUCACAAGCGUCACCCCGGCCCAGAUCUCCGUGAGCACCAACAACAGCAUAGCGGACGACACGGAAAGCUAUGACGACAUGGACGAGUCGCACACGGAGGAUCUCUCCUCCUCGGACAUGCUUGACGUGUCCGUGUCCCGGGCCACAGACACUGGCCUCCCCGAGAGAAGCUCUUCAGACGAGACUCUAAACAGCCUCCAAGGGGUGGAAACCCCUGGACUGGUGUCCCCCAAUGAGCCCCUGCACCCCCACUCCCUCCCCACUGUGUCUCAGCAGCAGCAGUUGGUGAACGGGGCUGCCCACUCGCUCCAGCUCCCCCCCUGCUUGCAGAGUGUGGAGGCUGCAGCUCCUCUGCCCCCUGCCGCCCUGGCAGAGACACAGCCACCCCGCAGCACGAGCCUGGCACAGGCUAACGCUACUGCUGUCAGCAACACUCUUCUCUCUUUAGGCCCCAUGGCCCUGGGCAGCGCUGUGCAGGGAGGAGGAGCUGGGGGCCCAGCUGGGGGCCUGGCUGGAGCUGGGGGCCUGGCUGGAGUGGGAGGCCCAGCUGGGGUCACAACCACCACUCAGACACAGUCUACCCCUGGCUCUCGUUUCCGUGUGGUGAAGCUGGACUCCAACUCUGAGCCCUACCGGAAGGGGAGGUGGAUGUGUACGGAGUACUAUGAGAAGGAGGUUCCCCCUGCAGCUGCCGAUGCCAGCCCCAGGCCUGGGGAGGCCCCGCCCCCUGAGGGAGAGGCAGGAGGAGCAGCAGGAGGAGCAGCCCCUGCACCCCAAACCCUGCAGCCUUAUCAGCAGCACACGCAAGACUUCACCAGCCCACAAGCCAUCCAGAACCUCCCUGCUCUGGUCCAGAGCCCCCCCCUGACUCAUACAGGCCCUCACGAUCCUGGCACUAACCUGGUCCAGCCAGGACUGUCCAGCCUGGCCUCCUCUCUUCCCUCAACCCCCCAGGUCAUGACCCUGGCUCCUUCUGGCAUGGUCCAGCACCUGUCCUAUGCUGUGGACGCGCAGCCAGCCCGUGGGUGCUAUCCUGCCCAGCUCUCCACAGGGCUGCUGGCCAUGGCUGGGGGCAGGCAGCCGGACUUCAUCCAGCCCACCGCCCCCUUCCAGGCCCAGGCCCAGGCCCCUCUGGCCCCCGCCCCCACAGGAUCUUCCCUGGUGGGGCUCGGUGGUGCCAGUCAGCCCCUUCAGGGUCAGGCCCCUUCCUCCCAGCCUGUCUUUGCUCCAGCCCAGCCCUCCUCCAGCCCCCGGGCUCCUACUCACAGCACCACCUACCUUCCUCUGACCACCCUACAGGCCGACCUCCAGCCUCUCCUGACACACGGCAUGGCCCUCAGCCAGGCCCACGGCGGGGCUGCUCACCUGGGCAGCAUGCCCUCCCUGACGGCCUCUCAGCUCCAGGACGCCCAGAGGCUGCUGUUCCAGCACCAGGGCCUUGCAGGGCUACCCAGGCUGGGGGCCACGGGCGGUGGGGAGCCGGGCGCAGAGGCCAGGGCUGCUGGGGGCGCAGAGGCCAGGGCUGCUGGGGGCGCAGAGGCCAGGGCUGCUGGGGGCGCAGGCAGGGGGGAGGCGGGCGCAGAGGCCAGGGCUGCUGGGGGCCUGGGCCACUUUGGAGACACUGACGCAGCGCUGAGGAGCCAGCCUGCAGACGAGGAGGACAGGUGAGGAUGAACUGGGGAUGAGAGUGUGCGGGAGGGAUGAGUGCGUGUUUACAUGCGAGAGUUGUGAGGGAGGGGGGCUUGUCUAUACUUUGUGAGACGAGCCCCCCACACACACACACACACACACACGAUAAGAGGAACAGCUGAUUUCCCCCAGUUAGAUGUGUGUAUCAUGUCUCCUUCUGUGGACUGUGGUCCUGUGUUCAGGUACAAUGCAUGCAUGUUAGUGUGUGGCACGCUUCUCUCCCCCAGAGCCAGU